GUUUUUUAAUGUUUUGAGGAAGCGGAAGUUAAGGUGGUUACACUUUCGAAACCAACACAGUUUUUACAUGCGUUAAAGAAAACAAAAAUAAGAUAAGUUGUUACACAAAAAUGGGAAAGAAAAACAAAAAAGAAAAAAAAGGGAAAGGAAAAGAGAAAACAGAGUUGAAGACAGAGAAGAAAGCAGAAAAGCGUUCUAAAAAAGAACUGGCCGUAAAGGGUGAAGAGGACAUUGAGAAGCUUAUCGCUGAAUUUAAAGAACAAGAUAGAAAGAAACUUGAAGUAAUCGAGGAAAAAUGUUCUCCACCUUCACCACGGUGCAACAUAUCAUUAGUUUCACAUCCUGAAAGAGAGGAGCUACUUAUGUUUGGUGGAGAGUACUUUACUGGAAACAAAAUGUUUGUCUACAAUGAUUUGUUUAGUUAUCAAAUAAAAAAGAAUGAAUGGCUCCACAUAUCCAUACCAAAUGCUCCACCACCACGCAGUGCACACCAGGCAGUGACAGUCUCACACCAAGGGGGUCAAAUGUGGGUCUUUGGGGGAGAGUUUUCCAGCCACACACAGAGCCAGUUCUACCAUUACAAAGACCUCUGGCUCCUUCAUCUCAGAGAUAAAAAAUGGGAGGAGAUCAAGGUACCAGGUGGACCUUCAGCUCGGAGUGGACAUAGAAUGGUUGCCCUGAAGAAACAGCUUAUUGUUUUUGGAGGUUUCCAUGACAACAUAAGGGACUAUAAAUAUUAUAAUGAUGUGUACAGUUUUGAUCUGGAGACAUACACAUGGGCAGCACUUACUCCAUCCGGAUCAGGUCCAUCCCCACGCUCAGCGUGUGUCUUGUUACCAAUGCCAGACCUGGGAAAGAUAGUUGUGUAUGGUGGCUACAGCAAGGAGAGACUGAAGAAAGAUGUGGACAAGGGCACAACUCAUACAGACAUGUUUGCUCUCAUGCAAGAAAAAAAAAGAGAAGGAGCAUCAGACUCCAACCCAAAAUGGAAGUGGCAACCAAUGAAACAAGGAGGCUCUCGACCCACUUGCCGCUCUGGCAUGUGUGCUGCAGUGGCACCUGGCAACAAAGCGUUUCUCUUUGGUGGUGUGUAUGAUGAGGAAGAUGAUGAUGAAGAUCUAGAGAGCGUUUUCUUUAAUGAACUUUGGUCAUUGGACCUGGAAAAAGCGAAAUGGUUUUCUCAGCAACUCAGAGGAAAGAAACAAAUGCUAGGUGACAAAAAGAAAAGGAGGAAGAAAAAAGAUGAUGCAGAAGAUAAUGAUGAAGAGGUUGAAGAAGAAGAGGGUGAGGCAGAAGAUGAGAUGGAGGUUGUUGAGGAGUGUGUAGAGGACUUAAAGCUGGAACCGCCAGUGGGUUCAGAUCCUGCUGGUGAUGAUGGUAUAUUUAAAGUCACCAUUGCCAAACCAUCAGUUGUUGUGGGAGCUGGUACAGGAGGUGAUGUCCCAGCAGCAACAAUGGAGGUGGAUCAGUUUUGGCCUUCCAAACGAAUGAACACAUCACUAACAGUCCGAGAUGGAAGACUAUUCAUGUAUGGAGGGAUCUAUGAACAAGGUGACAAGCAGCUAACACUGAAUGACUUCUACUCACUGGACAUUCACAAGUUGGACGAGUGGUCAGUUAUAAUUGCUGAGGACCAGAACUUGCAGGUGUGGCAAGACUCUGAUUCUUCGGACGAGGAGACAGAAGGGGCAGCAGCGAAGAGCUCAGAGCAGCCAGAUAGUGAGGAUGACGAUUCAGAUGAGAGCAUGGAAAUUACUUUUGAUGAUGCUCCUGAUCGUAGAGAAGGGGAGGGAAUCUCAGAUUAUUUUAGCAGAAGUCAGGAAUAUUGGGUUCAGAAGGCAAGAGAAAUUUACGAGGAGGAAGGGGAGACCAUCACUGAUAGAAAACUUGUUCGGUUUGCUAAAGAAAUUUGUGAAGAAGCCUGUGAUAGGUGAAAGCAUGACUGCUUAUCUGUGAUGUGUAUCUGCGAUGCGGUGAAGUGAUUGAUUUGACUGCAAAUGUGUGGCUGCUAAGUUUGAAAAAAAAAUGUAUGGAGCCUAAAUGUGACAUGCAAGAUUCACAAUAACAUGCGUGAGAGAAAUGCCAAUUACUACUUCCUGUUCUCUCUUUCUGGCUGAAAAAGCUCUGGUAGAGCCAGUUAUCACAACAUAAAGCAAGAAAGAAAAUUGGUAAAACUUAGGAGUCCGUGAAUGUUAAGUAAUAUACAUAUUUUGAUGCCUUACUACAGUUGUACAAUAAAUUCUAUUGGCAUGAACUAGUACUAUCUGUGGUGAGUUUUAUCCUGUUUAACAUAAGAUAAUGACUUGUACAAAAUUGAAUAAAAACAAAAC